GGCAAAUAGAGAGGAAGGUGCCAGAGAGAGGGACAUUAGGAAACAUGACGCCUCUCUAACGUAGCUUUCGCUUGCCGAAACCCUCCUCCCUCCUUCCCCCAGGUUCGAGCGGCCGUCUUCUCCGUGGAGGCCGAUAUAUUCGAAUCCCUGGAACCCGAGAUUAGUCCCACCGAGAACAAAGGAAGCAAGCGAUCGAGGGGGAAGGUACGGUAGGAGCUCGCGAGCUCCUCCAAUCCAUCAUUAAUGGCGGACGCGCCGGCGCCGAUGAAGGGCAAGAAGGAGACGGCCCCGGGGGCCCUCCUCCUCGGCCGCUACGAGGUGGGUAAGCUCCUUGGCCAUGGCACCUUCGCCAAGGUCUACCACGCCCGCAACGUCAACACCGGCGAGUGCGUGGCCAUCAAGGCCCUCGAUAAGGAAAAGAUCCUCAAGGGCGGCCUCGUCGUCCACAUCAAGCGCGAGAUCGCCAUCCUCCGCCGCGUCCGCCACCCGAAUAUUGUGCAACUUUUCGAGGUCAUGGCCACCAAGACCAAGAUCUACUUCGUCAUGGAGUAUGUCCGCGGCGGCGAGCUCUUCUCCAAGGUCGCCAAGGGCCGCCUCAAGGAGGACGUCGCCCGGCGCUAUUUCCAGCAGCUUAUCUCCGCCGUUGGCUUCUGCCACGCCCGCGGCGUCUUCCAUCGCGAUCUCAAGCCCGAGAACCUCCUAGUCGACGAAAACGGCGAUCUCAAGGUCUCCGAUUUCGGCCUCUCCGCCGUCUCCGACCAGAUCCGCCAGGACGGCCUCUUCCACACCUUCUGCGGCACCCCGGCAUACGUCGCCCCCGAGAUCCUCGCCCGCAAGGGCUACGACGGCGCCAAGGCCGACAUCUGGUCCUGCGGCGUCAUCCUCUUCGUCCUCAUGGCCGGAUACCUCCCCUUCCAUGACCAGAACGUCAUGUCCAUGUACCGGAAAAUCUAUAAAGGGGAAUUCCGGUGCCCUCGGUGGUUCUCAUCCGACCUCACCCGGCUCCUCGCCCACCUGCUCGACACAAAUCCCCAGACGAGAAUCACCAUCCCCCAGAUCAUGGAGAACCGGUGGUUCAAGAAGGGCUUCCGUCACAUCCGAUUCUACGUCGAGGAUGACCAAUUGCACAGCCUGGAGGACUUCGACGGUGGCAGCAGCCCGCUGCGGAACCGGCAGGACAAUCCGGAGGAAGCCGAGGCCUCCGAGUCCGGGUCGGAGUCCGACUCCUCGGUUGCAUCCUGCCCUGCCACCCUGUCCGAAGAGCACCGGCGGACGCUCCUCCCCAGGCCAGCAAGCUUGAACGCGUUCGAUAUUAUCUCGUUCUCAAGGGGAUUCGAUCUAUCUGGUCUGUUUGAGGAGAGAGGAGAGCAGGCCAGGUUUAUCUCAGGGGAGCCUGUGUCGAAGAUUAUAUCAAAAUUGGAGGAGAUUGCCAAGGUGGUGAGGUUCACAGUGAGGAAGAAGGAUUGCCGGGUGAGCUUGGAAGGGACGAGGGAGGGAGAGAAAGGGCCUUUGACAAUAGCUGCAGAGAUUUUUGAGCUCACCCCGUCGCUCAUGGUGGUCGAGGUGAAGAAGAAGGCAGGAGAUAGAGAUGAGUACGAAGAAUUUUGUAACAAGGAGCUGAAGCCAGGGUUGCAGAAUCUCAUGUACGGGUCGCAUCCCAUGGUCAAUAUUGCAUCUGACACCGAAUAGAAAUGAACAAGUGAUACCCUUUCAGUGACUUCAACCUCACAUCUAACUAAUUAAUCUUGGGCCAUUCGCUUCUUGGAUUUGGAGACCACAAGUAGAUUGCACGGUGACCCUUAUAAUUUUGUGGUGAGAUUCUUAUUUUACAAAGGUAUAGCUAUUCUCUGAGACAAAUCUCUUCAUGACAAGGCUUUAUUGUUAGGCAAACUUUGGCGACUUCCCAAACAUGAACAGGAGAUCUUGCUGGACCUUUUAGCACUAUGGAUGACAGUCAAAAAUGUUUUAUUCCACCUUAUCUUAAUAGCUUGAAUUGAGAAAGAAGAUCAGAAUGAUUGCCUUGAGCUUUAAAUUCUAAUGUCCAAGUAUUAAACUUAGUUUUGCUGGCUUUGCA